GUUCAAAUGGAUUUUUAUGCUGUGCAUCUCCGCGCGUUUUCUCUACGUCACACACGGAUUGUUAGCUACAAUUGGGGACACCUGUUGUCGGUCGAAUCUGCCCAUCCUGCGUAAUGUUGUAUCAAUGUUGCACUUACCUGUACAUUUGCUUGUUGUACACUUGCAUCACAAACUUUAGUUGAUCCCCUUCGUUGAAAAGUGGCCAUCUACGAUCUGGUGCCGAAAAAAUGAGCGUAGACUCAAGGAUCCCAGCUGCCCGCACCCAGGGGAACAGAGAGGUAUUUGAUGUCAAGAACGCUCAGGUGCCCCAGUCUGCCAUUCUUUACCUUCUCCAGGAAGCCACCAAGCUUGCAUUGCCUGAAGCCAGGCAGGACUGCCCAGAUUCCAUGGUUAUGGAUGGGAUUUGGUCUGGAGAAUGGAGUGAACAGCACAUGCGGUACAAUUCUCCCUUAGGGUCUACCUCUACCAGUCCUUUUAGUAACCACAGUGCACAUUUCACAGAUCCCCAGCAUAGCUUCGAAGGCCACUCCUCCCUUCUGCCAACUGAGCUAGGCAGCAGCCCUUGGGAGGUUAUGAGUCUGAUCAACCUGCAGUGUGAGAGGCUUCUUCAUCCGGAGAAUGGGGAGGAAGGAGAGGCAGAGAGGCUGGCAGCUGCCCCUGUUUUUGAGGACAAGCCGUCAGCUACGGGGGACUCAAAAUCCAGACACAGUAGGGGGCCUUCGAAUUGUAAUGAGGGUGAUGCCAGCCCUGCUAACCCACAGAAUAUCACUGAGGGGUUAGGUCAAGCUGUGGGGUCCUGUUCCAGUGAAAACAAAGCAGGGUUUACGAAGAAAUGUGGCGCAAACUUAGGUGAAACUGAAUCUGUACAGUGCAAUAAAUACAUGGCUCGAGGUAGUCAGGUUCAGGCACAGGUCACUGUAAUUACAGAUAGAUUUGGCUGUGCUAUUAAUGCACGUGGGGGAGGUGACCAGGCUAUUGGCUCAAUUCAGGUUGCAGGCACACACCAUUCCAGAAACUCUUUUUUAAGCAAAGACAAUGAGGAUUGGCCUCUAGAUGGAAGAAGAGAAACAGCACUGGGGUCAAACUCAGAUGGAAAAGGACAUGAUUUGUGUGGCAGUCAUUGUGCACCUCAGUCGGAACCAGACACGAACAUACUUGGAUCCGUGGUCCGUCAGAAAAGUGUGCUACCUGAGUCCAGUUUCUCAGCGAACACUGAUGAAUUGGUACGCUCAUCCAGUGCAUUUUGCACCUCUGCUCUUGGUGCGAGCCUAGUUUCAGAUCCAGGUGUGAAAAUGGACUGUAACUCAAAUGCAAUUCCCUUUGUUGACCCUCCUCAGGACGUCCAAUCUCAGAGUGGUCCCCAAGCCACGUCUGACAAUUCAAACUGUGAAUCUGUGGCACAAAACACAGUCUCUCAGGAGGGUUCAUUAGCCCUUCUGUCCAAGUCUCAUGACAGCUAUGUGGGGAAUGUAGAUGAAGAGCAACUAAAGCUUAAGACUAAUCGCCCUGCCUCGGAUGUGAGAUGGCAAGCCAGGAGGCCCAGGAAGCAGAGCCACCCAACCCGAAGUGCUGAUCUCUGUGACCCCAACUUCAAGGGGGUAACCUUCCGCAUGCGCACCGAGCUCAAUGACAACAGAGACCAAUGCCGUCUGCUCAUAACUUCCAAUUACAGUGCAGAGCUGCUGAAGAGCAUCCGGAGGGCGAGGGGGAGCAGGCCACGGCCCUUCGCCAACUCCUUGAAGACCAGCAGCUCGGAAGAGGACAGUGACUCCUCCAGCCUCUGCAAGAAUAAGAUGUGUGCCUCCUGCAAUACAAAGAAGACUCCUCUGUGGAGAGAUGCAGAGGACGGGACUCCACUGUGUAAUGCCUGCGGAAUACGGUAUAAGAAGUACCGGGUCAGGUGUUUCCAGUGCUGGCACAUCCCCCGGAAGGAGGGAAACUCGGACUCAAAGUGCUGUAGGUGCGGAGACGUGCUGAGGCUGGUGACCUCCCAGCGCCGGCUGACUGCCUGGUGAAGGAAGAGGUGUAAAGCAGGUCACCUUUAUGUUUUCAGUUUCUCCUUCUGGUGAGUGACCUCAGCAGUGCAGGCUGACUGCCUGGUGAAGGAAGAGGUGUAAAGCAGGUCACCUUUAUGUUUUCAGUUUCUCCUUCUGGUGAGUGACCUCAGUAGUGCAGGUGCUGGGAGUCUUGCAUGUUCAGUUGUCUACCUUGAGUGUUGCACUUUACAAAGGACUUGUGUGAUGAGACAGUCUUAACAAUAUUUCUCCAGUUGUUUAUUGUAUUCAGAUAUUGUUUUCCAUGCACACAAUGCAUGGUGAGUGGUUUUGAGCUUCUAAUGCUGUAUGCUAUCUUGAUAUUAAUUUGUAAAAAGAUGUGUAUGUUAUUUCUUAUGUCAUUUUGUUAGUUUGUUGCUUUUUUUCUUUGUUGUCAUAUGGAGACUAACAAUAGGGAUCAACUGCUGCACUAUUAGUUAUUUGCCUUUGUUUUCAUUUAUAUGUUUUUCUUGUUGGUUUCUGUUCCUAGAGUUUGUUGUUAUGGUCUUCAUUAAAUUCCACCUUGAUGACUCUUAAGAUAUGCUUACUGAAUCCAAUAACUUAAACCAAACCUCAAUGCACUUGUCAUUGUUGUGUGUUUGUGUGGGUGGAGG